AUGAAUCUUUUCAAAGAGAUCCUUCCUGGAGUCAGGGAAAUUCUCUCCAGUGCCACAACUUCUGAUGUCCAUGCAUUGCUCAGUUGCAUGUUGGAGAAAGAUGUUAUAUCCAAGGAAUACCAUCAGACCUUACUCCAUGAAAAAGACAGAGAAGACCUAGCAAGGAAGAUAUCUCUAACACUUGUGGAAAAAUGGGACUUGUGUUUGAACACGUUAGUUCCUCUCCAUUGUUUAAAACUGUACACUAAGAUGCCACAAGACAUCACAGAUAAUGAGUCAUCUCUGAACAGGGGUAUAGCUGCUAGCAAAAGACAAACCAUGGAUUCAGCAGUUUUGACUGAAAAUAGCUUUCUUGAUUUGCUGCACAGCAAUAUUGAUCCAUUGCAUCUGUACAGCCUCUUGGAUACAAGGUUAUCUGAUGAAGAUGAAGAAAGUGAACUUUCAACAGACCCUGAAAUUGAUACUAUCAACCAUGAUCAGUUCAGCAAUUUGGAUGUCUUUUAUACAAUGGAAAGCAAUGAAAGUGUGGAAGAAUCUCUCUUUUCAAAUACAGGGGAAGCUUAUUCUAGAAUAGCUGGAUUAGCAGAAUAUGUGCUCAAAGAUCAGCAGGAGAGACAGAUGGAAGACAUUUUUGGAAAACUCAUUUUGGAUGAAAUGUCCAAUGAAACUACAGAGGGUUUUACAGAGAUGAAGAAGCAAAAAUGUCAGAAACGAUCAUUCGUGAGCCCUGCAGAGAGUUACUCUGAUGCUUCCAAGCCCAAAAGCAGGAGAACGGAUGCAGCAACGAGGGUGAAGGAACGAGUAUGUUCAGAAGGCAGCAGAGCUGUUGGGGAUGUAAGAGCUAGUUGCCAGAAAAGAGUGGAGUCCCCCGGGUCUACAGUGAAUGGCAGUUUUGUAGCGGUGCCUCUGAACAGCUCUCCAGCUAACUCCACCUCUUUGUCUCACCUGCACAUGCAGUUUUCUGUUACCAGUAUACAUCCGACUGGAAAAAAUGUUGUGAUGCCCGUGUCUUCUGGAAAUUCCAACCCAGACUGUCUGCUUGUUGGUGCUAAAGGGAUCCAAGUGAUAUCCAGCUUUGCAGUUCUUCCUCAGCAGAUAAUUAAUUUGCCUGUAGGGAAUGGUGCAUCCAAUAUUAUAAUAUAUCCAGUGUCCUCCUCCCCCACUGAAACAUUACAGAUAUCACCAGUUUUCCCCACAACCCUGGCUGCUCAAGUGGACUUGGCUGUCCAAAGCAUUUUGGGGUCUCCUGACAAAAACACCUCCAUUGGCCCAUUUGCUUAUAUGCCAGAGACUGCAGCUGUGACUGAUCUUACAGAUGAAGAAGAAAUGUCCAAUGAGAUAUCACAAAUUCCUGUUGUUCCUUCUGAACAAAUUCUCAAAAGACCAAAGCCAGUGGAAGCUUUCUGCACGUCACUUAAGGAUUAUUUCCAAGAUGUGUGCAAGUUCAUGGCCAUGGACCGUGAAGUAACCCUUGAUCACUUUUACAUUGAUGGGGCUCUCAUGCAAGGUCAAACUGAAACAAAGAGUGGGAAAAAUGUCAUCAAGGUGAUGGAGAAGGAGCUGGUAAUAAACAAUUUAGAAGAGAAGGAAAAAGCAGCUAUAGAAAGAAGCCAAAUAUUUCAAGUCCUAGGAGGGAAAGAACUAGAGACCAAAGUCAUUGUGGUGUUGGGAAAGGCAGGAAUGGGUAAAAGCAUUCUUGUUCAAAAGAUCUGCCAAGACUGGUCCAAUGGAAAGUUUUCUCAGUUUGAAUUUGUCUUUUGGUUUGAGUGUAGACGACUGAGCCUGCCUGAGAAGCAAUACAGCUUGAAGGACCUGCUUCUUGAGCUGUUUGUCAAACCUCGAGAGGGAAGCGACAAAGUCUUCGAGUACAUACUGCAAAAUCCCAAUAAAGUCCUCCUCAUCUUCGAUGGUUUCGAAGAGUUGCAGGAUCAUGAUGGCUUUACACAUUACUCAGACUGCCAGUCUUACAAGGAGCUGUACAGCAUCAGGGAGCUAUUUGCAGGGCUCUUCCAGAAGAAGAUACUCAGUGGCUGUACUGUAUUGCUAACAGCAAGACCCAAGGACAAAUUUAAUCAGUAUUUAUCCAAAGUGGACAAGAUUAUCGAAAUGAUAGGGUUCUCUCCACAGCAGGUAGAAUUAUACAUAGCCAGAUAUUUUGAAGGGCUACCAUACAGUGAUGACGCAGUGAAAUUAAUCACAGAUUGUCAAUAUCUGUUCAGUCACUGCUACAGCCCUGUCAUGUGUAGAUUCAUUUGUUUUCUCUGUGAAAUGAUGUUUGAAAUGGGAGACAAAGACCUGCCUCCAACACUUACCAGCCUCUUUGUAAAAUACCUUCAGCAAAAGCUGAUACCUACACAAACAGAUGCAACAGCCGUAGGAAAUCAACAGCACAUUACCAGGCUAGCUGAGCUAGCCUGGUAUCUUGGAGAAAAGAAUCAAAAUGCCCUGAAGAGCAGUCUUUUUCCCUCUAAAGAAGUUAAGGAGUUUGCUCUGAAAUAUGGCUUAGUACUGCCAUUUACGUUCCCAAAACAUUCGGGAAAUGGGGAGGAAGAAUUUGGGAGUGCGUUCUCAGACUUCGUUAUCCAAAAUUUUUUGAGUGCACUUCAUCUGUUGCUCGCAGAAGACAUCAAGGAUAAAAGCCUCACAAAGUAUCUUUCCCUACCAGCCAGGAAGAAAAAGCCUCAUAAUUGGUUAGACCUGGUGCCUCGAUUCUUGCCUGGGUUAUUGUACCUCCAGCAUGAUCCGUACCUCUGCUCUCUUUCAGAUGAGCAUGUAAUGAAAAUCAUAACCAAGAAGCAGAAAACGCUCUUAAAAUAUAUUAAAAAAAUACAGAUAAGUGAUCUCUAUCCAGAAAAACUGCUUGAGCUGCUCCACUGUGUUUAUGAAACACAGGACAGCUAUCUUUUGCAGCACGUGGCUUUAAGGCUGAAGGCUGAACUUUCUUUUCUGGGCACUCUUCUUACACCCCCUGAUGUCUAUGUGCUGCAUUUUAUUUUAAAAAGAUCCCCAAAGGAGUUUUCCUUGGAUUUGCGGAACAGCGGCAUUAACCUACAAGGGCUGAAACACCUGGUUGGACUAAAGAAUGUGACAUCAUUCAGGGCCUCCCUUAGUGAUACAGUCAGGCUGUGGGAGUCCUUAGAGCAAACAAAGGAAUAUGAGCUGCUGAAGAUUUCAGUUGAGAAAUUUGAUAUUGAUCCCUUUAAGGCAGAAACUAUGAAGGACAUCCGUGACCUUUCUGACCUUGUACGGAUACAAGAGAAAAUGAUCCACUGCAUGGAAGAGGCAUUUGGCUGCAAUAUUAAUGAAAUUCCUGCUAUCAAAAACCUCAGAAAACUAGAAUUUGCGCUGGGUCCAGCCUGCGGCCUUCAGGGAUUCUUAAAGCUUGUUGAAAUUCUUGCAGCAUUUCCAUCUCUUCAGCACUUAGACUUGGAUGCUCUGAGUGAAAAUGAAAUAGGAGAUGAAGGAACAAAAAGUCUCUGUGAAGUAUUGUCGGAGCUGACAUCACUGGAAACGCUGAACUUAUCACAGAACAAGAUAACAGAUUUGGGUGCAGAGCAACUAGCUACUGCUCUUCCUUCCUUAUCCUCAUUAAAGACACUUAGUUUGUACAAUAACUACAUUUGUGAUGCUGGAGCGGAAAAUAUUGCAAAAAUACUUCCUGCAAUGGCAUCUUUAAGGGUGCUACAUGUUCAGUGUAACAAGAUAACUGAUGCCGGAGCCCAGAAGCUGACUGAUAGCCUCAGAAAAUGCCCCCACAUCAAGAGUGUGGCGAUGUGGAACCCUACUAUUCCCUAUGGAGUUCUUGAGCACCUUCAACAGCUAGAUUCUAGAAUCAGUUUGCUGUAG